GUCACGUCAGCCCUAUGUUCGGUGCCGUAAACCCGGUAGAGCGAAUGUGGCUUACUUGCUGCAGUCGCGAUGGUGACGGUCACCGUAGUGCUGCUGGGUUUGCUUCUGCGUUUGUCUGAAACAGUUACAGUAUGUUACUUGGGGUCAUGGGCAGUGUGGCGACCUGAUGCUGGGAAGUAUGAUGUUGACCAAAUUGACCCUUUCCUUUGCACCCACGUCAUCUAUAGUUAUGCUCAGAUCUCCGAAACCACGUGGGAAGUUGUAUCCCUUGAGCCUUACUAUGAUCUGUGUGAAAACUGGGGCCUCUGUGCCUAUGACAGGUUCACGGCUCUUAAGACGGUAAACCCAGAACUCAAGACCUUACUUUCCGUUGGAGGAAACGCUAGGCUGAUGUCCCAGGUCUCAGCCGACCCUUUAAAAAGAGAAAUCUUCGUAUCCAGUGCCGUCAGCCUGGCGAAGAACCACGGCUUUGACGGUCUAGACAUAGACUGGAUGUAUCCUGGCGACAAAAACGGAAUCCCGGAGGACAAGGAAAAUUACAUCCUGCUUCUGACUGAGCUUCGAGAGGUGCUGACGAUGGAAGGCCUCUUACUAACAGCCGCUGUGUCUCUACAAAAGCCAGUCAUUGACAAGGCCUACGACAUCCCCACCGUGUCAGCUGUAACGGAUCUACUCCUUCUGCGUGGUUACAACUUCCACGGGACCUGGAGCACCUACACCCACCACCAUGCCCCUCUGUACGGCCACCCGGAGGAUAAGGGAAACAAUAUUUACCUGAAUAUUGACUACGGCCUCGAGUACUGGGUGUCGGGAGGAGCAGACAAGAGCAAGAUGGUCUUGGGUCUCGGAACGUUCGGUAAUUGCUGGACACUAGACAGCUUAGACGACACAGGGUAUUUCGCUUCGGCCACACAAGCGGGGGAACCUGGGCCCUAUACAGCGUCGUUGGGUAUCCUCGGGUACAACGAGAUAUGCGAGAUGCAGCGAGACAGCGAGUGGACGGUGGUUCUCGAUCCGGAUAUGAACGAGCCUUAUGCGUUUUAUCAGGGAAACAAGAUCUGGUGCGGCUACGAGGACGCCCUCUCAAUGUGGGUCAAGGGUCAGUACGCCCGGAGCCAAGGCCUGGCGGGGACGAUGGUGUGGAGUCUGGAGACGGACGACUUCUCGGGGUCCUGCACGGGGCGGCCCUACAACCUCAUCAGGUCCAUGAACGAGGGCUUCCUGAACCUGCCCUUUAGCACUCCUGUGCCUCCAACUGUUGCUCCUGAGAUUACUUCCGAAGCAGUAGUUACUCCCGCGUGUAGUGAAGGCGAUUACUACCUUGAAGAUAUUCAAUGUGAUAGGUACUGGCACUGCGUGAACGGCAAUGCCAUCCCUGGCGAGUGUAGCCCAGGCCUGGUGUGGGACAUGACGGUGGAAUCCUGCAGUUGGCCAGAUAAUGUUGACACCUCUCACUGUGUAAUGCCUGGAGAGGACACCACCACAAAAACGACAACCACAAGCACUACAACGACUGAACUGACGACCCCAUCUGCUCCACAACCAGAGUGUGACACAGAGAUGAAUUACUUUGUCAGUCAUCCUUUAUGUAACAAGUACUGGUGGUGUCUGAGCGGCGAAGCUGUCCUAGGAACUUGCCACGGAGGCCUGGUGUGGGCCCCAGACUCUCGGGUGUGUCUUCCUACCGCGGAGGCCAAACCCGAGGACUGCACCAUGGUGUAAAAGCAGGGACAAACACCCUU